CCCCGCCGGCGCCCCGCCUCCUGCUCGUCCUCCGCCUCUUCUCAUCGCCUCUGCGCCUGCGCGACCGGAAAAUUCGCGAAGGUUCCUGAAGCGACGGCGGCCGUUUCCGGAAGCCGCAGCCCGGGCCGUCAGUCCGGUUGUUGCAGACGCAGCCUCCUGCGGUUCCCGGGGUUGGAGUCUGACUCUUAACGGCAGGGAAGGAAAUGGCCCUGCUGUGCUACAACCGGGGCUGCGGUCAGCGCUUCGAUCCCGAGACCAACUCCGAUGAUGCUUGCAUAUACCACCCAGGUGUUCCAGUCUUUCAUGAUGCAUUAAAGGGGUGGUCUUGCUGUAGAAGAAGAACAACUGAUUUUUCUGAUUUUUUAAGCAUUGUAGGCUGUACAAAAGGUAGACAUAAUAAUGAAAAGCCACCUGAGCCAGUCAAACCUGAAGUCAAGACUACUGAGAAGAAAGAACUAUCUGAAUUGAAACCCAAAUUUCAGGAGCACAUCAUUCAGGCCCCUAAACCAGUAGAAGCAAUAAAGAGGCCAAGCCCAGAUGAACCAAUGUCAAAUUUGGAAUUGAAAGUAUCUGCCUCCCUAAAACAAGCACUUGAUAAACUUAAACUAUCAUCAGGGAACGAAGAAAAUAAGAAAGAAGAAGACAGUGAUGAAAUUAAGAUUGGGACCUCAUGUAAAAAUGGAGGGUGUUCAAAGACGUAUCAGGGUCUACAGAGUCUAGAAGAAGUCUGUGUAUAUCAUUCUGGAGUACCUAUUUUCCAUGAAGGGAUGAAAUACUGGAGCUGUUGUAGAAGAAAAACUUCUGAUUUUAAUACAUUUUUAGCCCAAGCAGGCUGUACAACAGGGAAACACCUGUGGACUGCAAAGGAUGCUGGGAAAAAAGUCGUUCCGUGUAGACAUGACUGGCAUCAGACUGGGGGUGAAGUCACCAUUUCAGUAUAUGCUAAAAAUUCCCUUCCAGAACUUAGUCAAGUAGUAGCUAAUAGUACAUUGUUAAAUGUACACAUUGUAUUCGAAGGAGAGAAGGAAUUUCACCAAAAUGUUAAAUUAUGGGGUGUGAUUGAUGUAAAGCGAAGUUUUGUAACUAUGACUGCAACAAAGAUUGAAAUCACCAUGAGAAAAGCUGAACCUAUGCAGUGGGCAAGCCUUGAACUGCCUGCAACCCAAAACCAGGAAAAACAAAAAGAAGAUAAAACAGAAUGAGAGUUGAGAGGGAAUAAAAAUUAUUGCCUCUUUCAGAAUUUUUAAUAUGUGGUGAUGUAGCUUGCUGCUGUAAUCUUUUGUUUUGUUGUUGAAUCUGGCAUUUCAGGGUCAACAGUAGAUUCUUAAAAGCCAAAGUCAGAUUAUCUUUUUGUGCCUCCCACUUUUCUUUUGAGUUACCUAAGAUUGAUUAUUCAUUUCUCCUCACUAGUAGAACUGUAGUUGUGUCCUAUACUUGAAGCUAGAAGAUAGAUCAUAAACAGUUACAGUACUUCUUAAUAUAAUGUUAAGCGAGAAAUAUAUAAGUACCAUUUGUUUAUAUCUCUAUUAUUCCAUAAUUGUAAAGCAAGAUGGACUGUCAAAUUUUUAAUUAGUUUUUUUCAUAAGUUUGUGUUCCUAUAAUACUUGAAAAUCUUCAAGGAAGAGUUCUGCAGUGUUUUUUCCACUUGAGUCAGUUACUGUCUGUAGGAGGAUUCUAAGGUAGUAUAAAUAGAUAAAGAGGAAUAUAUGCAUUGAUCAACAAAUUUGAAUUUGUUUACAACUAAUUGAAAUGAAAAAUUAUAUCUACCUAUAUUACUUGCCAAGCAGUAUGAUGUAGGAAAACAUUAUAAAUAAGAGUAUAGAGGUAUCAAUUUGGUUAAAAUUCCUAUUUUAUGAGACUAAGCAAUAAUGUUAAAUAUCUCCUGAUUAUUUAUAAGGUCUUGGUAUGGUGUUAUGACUAAAUUGUAUCUGAAUUAUAGUCUGUACCCUCUUACAAUCUUUAAUUACAUGUAAAGAAAUUAAAUAUAUAUCUGGCUUCCCUGAUUGAAAACUAUAUAAAAUUAUAUUUAAAAGCUUAUGGGAAGUACAUUAGUGUAUAAGAAAACUAAAUAUUUAAACUUUGCUUUAUGAUAAUUGUAUUAUAUGUUAAAUAGCUUAAAUGUUUUGGAGGGUUUUUCAUGAAAAAUUUGACAAUUCUAAGUGAUACAAUGUUGAUUAUUGUACUUUAUUAAAUAAAUACCACAGAAUUAGAUUGUUUAUGCUAAUUGAACCCAUUGAAGGGUAACUUACUCUUUGAGGUAGUACAGAGCUCAGAAAGAAAAUGAAAAAUAAAUGUUAUGAAGGCCAAAACUCUGGCAGAACUUAAGUUUGGGCAUGAAUUAUGCUUACAUAGAUUAAAAUGAUUAUUUCCUAAGCCCCUUGAGUGUUUUUCUUUUUUUGAUAUUAGUGGAAUUCUUAGGAGAAUUUGCAGAAUACAGUGUUAAAGAGUUAAUAUAUAUCACUGUACUACCUUAGCAAAUAGCUAUUAGAUGCAACUAUGUAAUUAUUAAAUAUUUAGCUCUGUUACAAAUAAAGGCAUAAAAACGACAACCAGGCUUUCAUGACACUGAAAUACCAUGGCAGGACAUUUGGGGCAGUAAAAAUUAGACCCAAAUAGAGUAUAUAAGUUUAUAAUACUUGAGUUGUAUUUAAAUUUUUAAAAGUUAUCUUUCAUAAUUUAGGAACCUGAGUUCAUUUGAGACAUGAAAUCCUGUUGUUCAGGGGAGAGAUUGAUACUUGAUUUAACUCUGAGGUAAUGGUUAAUAGACCCUUUUUUGAGGUUUUCUUUUUGAGCCUGUUUUCCCCUCAGCAGUAUCUUAGUAUGUAUGUGCAGUUGAACUAUUAUUUAAAGCAAGUGGAUUAUACAUACACCUAAGAGUUAAGUACAAAGCACUGACCUUUUUCUUGGAUACAGUUUAUGUAUUUAGUCUGGUUAUAUUAGUGACCCUUUUCUUUCUUUCCUUAUUAAACCUCUGAGUUUGUUGCCUAGAAAAAAAUCUAAAUGAUACUUAUCUUUGGCUCAUAUAUAUAGACAGUUAUAAUUAGGUAAGAAUGUGUUUUAUCAGUCUGUCAAAAAAAUAAAAAAUGGUUAACUGUUAA